UAACUUUACCUCACACUACUCUUUCCUUUCCAUUUUCUCUCAGUUUUCCUUGCACUUCCCUUCAUUUUCGACACUUUAAUUUAUGCAAAUAACUUAUAAAAUAUCUUUCUUUUAGUAGUUGUUUUUCAACCUUAUGUUUGUCAUUUUAUACAAGGUUCAUUUUCAACCACAUGCUAUAUUGCCAUCAAUCUUAGAUAUCUGCUUUAACUUUAUGUCAAUUUCCAUGUCUUAAUUCAUCUCCUUUAUAUAUGUUAUCUUCUUUGUUCUUUUACUUACAGUUCUUCACUGGUUUUGUUCACAUUUUAGUUUUCUCCGAGGGGGGCGAAAAUACCCAAGAAAAUAUCUUGUUAUUAGCAUUACAAAAACGAAUCUUGAACUUCUUUUUUUAAUAUGUAAAUUACGUGGUUUCUUUAUCUGGGUUAUUUAUAAAGCUGUCAAGAUUUUGGUUUUUCAUUUGGACUGUGGAACUGAGCUGUUGAAUUAGUUUAAAUGGAGCUGAAAUAUGUUGAUUCUAAGGCAAUAUCAAUGUGUAAAUCAGUUGGUAUGGAGAUGAUGAAGUUUUCUAGCUCAUUUUUAGACUCAAAGCUCAAGUUUGGUGUCAAUGUAGCUCCCAAGUUUUGUUCUUGCAAAGGGCUUUCAGUGAAGGCUUCUUAUUCAAGAACUUCUUAUGAUGCUACAAGCUCAGUCACCAAAAAGAAUUUCUUAGUGGACACUUUCUCUUAUCAGAUAAAUGGUACAAACCGUACAGGUUUGUAUUUUAGAGAUAAAUGGGUACUUGAUGCCUCUGAUGAUGAAUACGGAGGAGUACUCGUCAAUGCAGAAAGACUACCAUCCAAUCCGGGCAAAUUUACGUCUGUACUACGUGCAUCUCUCGCUCAUUGGAAAGUGAAGGGGAAGAAGGGAGUUUGGCUAAAGCUACCAGUGGAAAAAUGUGAUCUAGUUCCUAUUGCAGUAAAGGAAGGAUUUCAGUACCAUCAUGCAGAAAAAGGAUAUGUCAUGUUGACUUAUUGGAUACCGGAUGAACCCUGCUUGCUUCCUUCUAAUGCAUCUCAUCAAGUCGGAGUUGGAGGUUUUGUGAUCAAUGACAAAAAUGAGGUGCUCGUCGUGCAAGAGAAGCAUUCUGCGCCGGCUCUUUCAGGCCUAUGGAAAAUACCAACUGGUUUCAUUCUUGAGUCAGAGGAGAUCUUUACAGGAGUUGUGAGAGAAGUGAAGGAGGAAACUGGGAUUGACACAGAAUUUGUGGAGGUUAUGGCUUUCAGGCACGCACAAAAUGUGGCCUUUGAAAAGUCCGAUUUGUUCUUCGUCUGCCUAUUAAGGCCCCUGUCAAAACAUAUCAAGGUUGAUGAUCUAGAAAUUAAGGCUGCUAAGUGGAUGCCUCUAGUUGAGUUUGUGGAGCAGCCCUUAAUACAAGGAGAUGACAUGUUCAAGAAAAUAAUUGACAUUUUCAUCGCUCGACUAGGGAAGCGUUACUGCGGAUUGUCUGUCCAUCAACUGGUUUCCAAAUUUGAUGACAAACUUUCCACAUUGUACUUCAACACAGUUGAUGAUCCAGAUUUGAACUGUGAAGCUAGUUAGCAUCACAAUCAGCAUAGAUAUUACACUUCACCACUCACAAUGACUAACAUCAGUUAGUCGUAUAUGUGAUCUGCUGUAAUCUGCAGGGUAUUGACUCUGUAAAUAUGUAAAAUAUAUGUUUUAAGUGAUUUAGUUUUCCAAAAAAGUUUUUCUUCCCUCAAUGGCACUUUAGCUCAUAAUUGUGCAAAAGCAAGGACAUAUGCUGAAUUUUUGAAUGUACAAUUUUAAGAUGCAAGACCAGUUUACUAUA